GCUCCUGGAGAGCGUGGCACCAUCUUUACGGAAAAGUUGGCCGGCCCGGCGCGCUCCCCGCGGACAAAGCCGGGAGCCCCUCGCGGGGACUCGCGGGACGCAAGUUUGCCCCGGACGCGCGCGGCGCGGGCCGGACGGCGAGUUGGCGUUCUUUUGUUCGGGGUGGCGGCCUUCCUCGCUCGUGGCGGGGUGGUUUGCGUUCUGCUUGCGGCGCGAGCGAGAGCCGGCUUUGCGGCGGGACGCGCGGGCGCCGCGGCCGGGGAGGCAGCGUGCUCUCUGGGCGAAGGAAGCGCCGGCGUGGAGGAAAGUGCUCGCCCGCAGCUUUUCUUUGAAAUUAGCCACGGGAGUAGUAGCUGUUGGGACUUCCAGACCUCAGAAAGCGAAGGUGGCGUGAGCGGCUGAUGCACAAGGCUUGAUGAAAUGUUUACACCGGCAGGCAGUUCCGGCCAAGGGGGAAACUAAGCAGGAUUGCUGCAUGAAAACUGAGCUGCUGAGAGAAGAUAUUCCUAUGGCUGCCGAUGAAGGUCCUGCUGAGAAACCAGCGGGAGAGGCUCCCAUGGCUGCAGAUGGGGAGACAAAUGGGGCCUGUGAAAAGAGCGGCGACACCAGCCACACGGACGCAGCCAAACAUACUCAGGAGAGCACCAGAGCCAGCCCCCAGGAAGGUGGCCACAGAGCAGCCCGGAUAGCGGAGAAUGGGGUUUUGGAAAGAGACACGGAAGUGGGGAAGCAGAACCAUGUCUCUGCUGAUGACUUCAUUCAGACAUCAGUCAUUGGUAGCAAUGGAUACUUCUUAAACAAACCUGCUCUCCAGGGGCAGCCCUCAAGGACUCCAAGCACCUUGGUCUCCUCCCUUCCUGGCCAUGCUGCAAAAACUUUGCCUGGGGUGGCUGGUAGAGGCAGGACUCCAAGCGCACUUCCUCAGGCUCCGGUUGCAGUGCCAGUGCCUGGGCCUGGGGGAGCAGAUGCAGAGGACCGGAAACCUGCUACUCCUGGCACUGAUGUCAAGGUUCACAGGGCACGCAAGACUAUGCCGAAGUCUAUUUUGGGCCUGCAUGCAGCCAGCAAGGACCCCAGAGAAGUUCGGGAAGCGAGAGACCAUAAGGAACCAAAAGAGGAGAUCAGUAGGAACGUUUCUGAUUGUGGACGACAGCAGCUUUUACCCUCUUUCCCGUCCCUUCACCAGUCGCUACCUCAGAAUCAAUGCUACAUGGCCACCACGAAGUCACACACAGCUUGCUUGCCUUUUGUUUUAGCAGCUGCAGUAUCUCGGAAGAAAAAACGAAGAAUGGGAACCUAUAGCCUGGUUCCUAAGAAAAAGACCAAAGUAUUAAAGCAGAGGACGGUGAUUGAGAUGUUUAAGAGUUUAACUCAUUCCACUGUGGGCUCCAAGGGUGAGAAGGCCUUGGGCGACAGCACUCUGCAUGUGAAUGGGGAGAGCUUGGAGAUAGACUCGGAUGAGGAUGACUCGGAUGAGCUCGAGGAGGACGAGGACCAUGGAGCUGAGCAGGCUGCUGUGUUCCCCACGGAGGACAGCAGAACCUCUAAAGAGAGCAUGUCCGAGAGUGACCGUGCCCCAAAGAUGGAUGGCGAGUCGGAGGAGGAACAGGAAUCUGCCGACACUGGAGAGGAUGAGGAUGGUGGAGACGAGUCUGACCUGAGUUCUGAAUCCAGCACCAAGAAGAGAUUUCUCAAGAGGAGAGGAAAGGCUGACAGCCCUUGGAUCAAGCCAGCUCGGAAAAGAAGGCGGAGGAGUAGAAAAAAGCCAAGUGGUACACUAGGUUCCGAGGCCUGUAAGUUGUCACCAGGGAGCACCGAGCAAAUGGCUCCAGGAGACAGCUCUGGGUAUAUGGAAGUCUCUCUGGACUCACUGGAUCUUCGUGUCAAAGGGAUUCUGUCCUCCCAAGCGGAAGGGCUGGCCAAUGGUCCAGACACGCUGGAGACAGAUGGCCUCCAGGAAGUGCCUCUCUGCAGCUGCCGGAUGGAAACCCCGAAGAGCCGCGAGAUCACCACCCUGGCCAACAACCAGUGCAUGGCCACUGAGAGCGUGGAUCAUGAAUUGGGCCGGUGCACAAACAGCGUGGUCAAGUACGAGCUGAUGCGCCCGUCCAAUAAGGCGCCGCUCUUGGUGCUGUGUGAGGACCAUCGGGGCCGCAUGGUGAAACACCAGUGCUGUCCUGGCUGCGGCUACUUCUGCACAGCGGGUAAUUUUAUGGAGUGUCAGCCUGAGAGCAGCAUCUCUCACCGUUUCCACAAGGACUGUGCCUCUCGAGUCAACAAUGCCAGCUACUGUCCCCACUGUGGGGAGGAUACCUCCAAGGCCAAAGAGGUGACCAUAGCAAAAGCAGACACCACCUCCACGGUGAUGCCUGCCCCUGGACAGGAGAAGAGCUUGGUUGCCGAGGGCAGGGCUGACACGACCACUGGCAGCACUGCUGCAGCCCCGCUCUCCGAGGACGACAAGCCACAGAGUACAGCUCCCCAGGUGCCUGAGGGCUUUGAUGCCACAGGGCCGGCUGGGCUUGUGAGGCAGACCUCUGGCCUUUCCCAGGGACCCGGGAAGGAAACCUUGGAGAGUGCUCUGAUUGCUCUGGACUCAGAAAAACCCAAGAAGCUUCGCUUCCACCCGAAGCAGCUGUACUUCUCGGCCAGGCAGGGUGAGCUGCAGAAGGUGCUUCUGAUGCUGGUGGAUGGAAUCGACCCCAACUUCAAAAUGGAGCACCAGAAUAAGCGCUCCCCACUGCACGCUGCGGCGGAGGCUGGUCACGUGGACAUCUGCCAUAUGCUGGUUCAGGCUGGAGCCAAUAUUGAUACCUGCUCAGAAGACCAGCGGACUCCGCUGAUGGAGGCUGCAGAGAACAACCAUCUGGAUGCAGUGAAGUACCUCAUCAAGGCUGGGGCGCAGGUGGACCCCAAGGAUGCAGAGGGCUCCACGUGUUUGCACUUGGCUGCCAAGAAAGGCCACUACGAUGUGGUUCAGUACCUGCUGUCCAAUGGACAGAUGGAUGUCAACUGCCAGGAUGAUGGCGGCUGGACACCCAUGAUCUGGGCCACUGAGUACAAGCAUGUGGAACUUGUGAAGCUGCUGCUGUCCAAGGGCUCCGACAUCAACAUCCGGGAUAAUGAGGAGAACAUUUGUUUGCACUGGGCAGCCUUCUCAGGCUGUGUGGACAUAGCAGAGAUUCUGCUGGCUGCCAGGUGUGACCUGCAUGCUGUGAACAUCCAUGGGGACUCACCCCUACACAUCGCUGCCCGGGAGAACCGCUACGACUGUGUUGUCCUCUUUCUUUCUCGGGAUUCAGAUGUCACCUUAAAAAACAAGGAAGGAGAGACACCUCUGCAGUGCGCCAGCCUCAACUCCCAGGUGUGGAGUGCCCUGCAGGUGAGCAAGGCACUGCGGGACUCAGCCCCUGACAAGCCUGCUGCAGUGGAGAAGAUUGUGAGCAGAGACAUUGCGCGAGGCUAUGAGCGUAUCCCCAUCCCCUGUGUCAACGCAGUGGACAGCGAGCCAUGCCCCAGCAACUACAAGUAUGUGUCUCAGAACUGUGUGACGUCCCCCAUGAAUAUCGACAGGAACAUCACCCACCUGCAGUACUGCGUUUGCACAGAUGACUGCUCCUCCAGCACCUGCAUGUGUGGCCAGCUCAGUAUGCGCUGCUGGUACGAUAAGGAUGGCCGGCUCUUACCUGAGUUCAACAUGGCUGAGCCUCCCCUGAUCUUUGAGUGUAACCAUGCCUGCUCCUGCUGGAGGAACUGCCGCAACCGUGUUGUGCAGAAUGGGCUCAGGGCAAGGCUGCAGCUCUAUCGGACACAGGAUGUGGGCUGGGGCGUGCGGACCCUGCAGGACAUCUCCGUGGGCACCUUCGUCUGCGAGUAUGUUGGAGAGCUGAUCUCUGACUCAGAAGCUGACGUUCGGGAAGAAGACUCCUAUCUCUUUGACCUUGACAACAAGGAUGGAGAGGUAUACUGCAUUGAUGCACGCUUCUAUGGCAAUGUCAGCCGCUUCAUCAACCACCACUGCGAGCCCAACCUUGUGCCGGUGCGUGUAUUCAUGUCUCACCAGGACCUGCGGUUUCCCCGGAUAGCCUUCUUCAGCACCCGCCUGAUCCAUGCUGGAGAACAGCUGGGGUUCGACUAUGGGGAGCGAUUCUGGGACAUUAAAGGCAAGCUCUUCAGCUGCCGCUGCGGCUCCCCCAAAUGCCGGCACUCAAGUGCGGCCCUGGCACAGCGGCAGGCCAGCGCAGCUCAGGAGGCCCAGGAGCAUGGCCUGCCGGACACCAGCUCUGCAGCUGCUGCUGACCCACUAUGAGGUGCAGAGGGGCUGGGAGGGCCUGGGGUCAGACCUGGCCAACUGUGACUUAGAGAAAGAAGGUUCUUCCUGGAAUGUCCACAGAGUCCCAGGGGGUUGGACCCCUCCCAGGAGUGUCCAUUCUGAGGCCUCACACGUAAGCCCAGCACCAGGCCAGAGUGCACGCUGGACCACACGCACCUCAGAGACGCUGGGACUCCACGGGGUAUGACCUUGGGGGCUUCUGACAGUGUCUUGUCCUUGCGAUGUUUCUCAUUUCCUCCUCUGGCCUCAGAGGUUCUCGCCCCACCACUGCGUUUGUUUGUUCUCCUGCCAGGCCAGACUCCCAUGCGGCCCCUCCUGUGGCUGCUCAAUGAGACCAGCGCCACAGGGCAGCUGGGCGGCCCAGGGCCACACACAGGACACGUCCACGGCCCGGAGUGGUCAGGGUGGCCCUGCCCUGACUCAAGGAAAUAUGGGCCUCCUUUUUAAAGAAGUCCUCUCUCUGUGUAUCAAACCCUGGCUGGUAUUUCUGUGUGAGGGUUGGUGGGCAGGCAGACCCCACACCAGCCCUGCCAGCUCCACCCAUGCUGGCACCUUCUGUUGAUUUUUAAGCCACAUGCUAUGAUGAUGAAUAAACUGAUUUAUUUUCUAUCAUUACUGAACAUUAGGACAAACAAAGAAUAAAAACACAAAACACAGUCAACGGUGCUGAAUCUGGUGUGGUUUCUACUCACCAUGUGAAAAUAAACUAUCAACUGUAAAAAGAGAACAAAGGAUUUUAGAAUUAAACGCAGGAAACUCUUUUUUAAAAUGUUAGCCUUGUAGUGUGAAUAAAUUUGCUGUCACCUUUUGUGUGACAGCCUGGCAGGUCAUGUACUUUUUCGGCAUAUACCUUUCUAAAUACUGUAAUUAGUGCAGGGCAGUGGAGUUCUUUUCGUGUGACUCUUCUAAACAUUCAUAAUGCAGUCAUGUUUAUUUUUUCUGUUAAAAUGUUUUUGACGGUUUUAAGAGCAGUCUUUUGGCUCAGACCAUUUCUUGUUCUGUUUUCAAUGAAAUCAAUAAAAAAAAAAAAGAAACA